AGCAACUUGUUUCUCUCUCUAGAUUUCUCAAUGUAUCUAACCUUUUAACAUCAUCAUGCGUUUCAUCGAAAUCCGAUUUCUUUAUUGAGAAAUAGUCGUUUCAUUUUCAUCUUUUUCCGAGAAAUUAAAUUCGAAUUCUCCACGAAAUGGCAUCUGGGUUCUCCGGCGGAGGUGGGCCGGAUUUUUUCGCCGGCGGAGGAAGAUCCAUGAACUCCGGUAGCAAUAACAGCAAUAGCAACAACCCUCCGUUGUCUCAGCAGUCGUACAGGAACCAGCUCCCGGGGAUUUUCCACGAUCAGAUCGGAAACAGAAACUCCGGCGUUCAUGGGUUCGCGGGAAAACGCACUCUGGCUGAUUUUCAGGCGGCGGCACAAACGCAAACGCAGUUCCAGAAUCUGGCGGCUCUCAACGCGCUUCUUCUACGCUCCGUGAAGCCGAGAACUUUCCAGAACCUUCCGUCGCCGAUUUCGCCGUUGCCGUCGCAGUUCGAUCUCAGUGCGAAUGAUAUAAAUAUGUUGGGUGGUUCGUCGUCUUCGAUUCAGCGAUUUGGGUUACCGAUUCUUCCGCAUCUCAGGUCAAAUCAUCUUCCUCAGAUGUCGCAACCAGGUUUGGGACUAUGUUGUGGAGGCCGAAUGGGAUUCGGUCCGGAUAAUACGGCGUUGCAGGGUGUUUCGUGUGCUGACCCGGUUCAAAACCGGGCUCAGCCGGAUUCGGACUCGGAGAAGAUGAUGAGCAGGCUGAAGGAGCUUGAGAAACGGCUUUUGGAUGAUGACGGCGACGUACAAGGUGAUGAUGCUGUCUCAGUUAUUACCAAUGCGAACAGCGAGUGGUCGGAGACAAUACAGAGCCUGGUGAGUCCGGUGAUGAGCCCGAACCCGACUCCAACCACGAAUCUGAACUCAAACCCGGUUUCGUCUUCUCCGAGUUCGUCUUCUUCGUCUUCUUCGUCUUCGCCUUCUGCAGCUUCGCCCAUUUCUCUCUACUCGAGGCAAACAAUAAUGGAGGUCGCGACUGCCAUCUCCGAAGGCAAAACGGACAUAGCGGCGGAGAUCCUCGCGCGUGUUUCUCAAACGCUGAAUCCGAAGGGGAAUUCCGAACAGAAGCUCAUGGAGUUCAUGUUAUUGGCGCUUAGAACGCGGCUUAACACUGUCGAGAACCCGUCUCCGGUGUCGGUACUUUACGGAAAUGAGCAUCUUGGCUCGACCCAGUUGCUCUAUGAGUUGUCUCCUUGUUUCAAGCUCGGUUUCAUGGCCGCUAAUCUCGCAAUCCUCGAAGCGACGCUUGACGACGGGCAUCUCCACGUCGUCGAUUUCGACGUCGGAGAAGGCGGACAGUACGUGAACCUCCUCCACGUGCUCUCCACGCGCCGAAACGGCAUAGCUCCGCCUCCGGGGGUUAAGAUCACCGCCGUGUUGGAUUCCCACGAUGGCGCCGCCGUGUCCGGUAGUGGGGAGGAGAGGAUGAAGUCAGUCGGGGAUUUGCUGAGCCAACUCGGUGAACGACUCGGUAUCACCCUGAGUUUCAACGUGGUGUCGAGUGUGAGACUCGGCAAUCUGAGUCGCGAUCGCGAGUCACUCGGGUGCGACCCGGACGAGCCACUCGCCGUGAACCUAGCCUUCAAGCUAUUCCGAGUUCCCGAUGAGAGCGUAUGCACAGAGAACCCGAGGGACGAGCUUCUCCGGCGCGUGAAGUCACUCGCGCCGCGAGUGGUAACGCUUGUGGAGCAAGAGAUGAACGCCAACACGGCGCCGUUUCUGGCUCGCGUGAGCGAAGCGUGCGCUUAUUACGGGGCGUUACUCGACUCAGUCGAGUCGACCGUUCUGAGCUCGAACUCGAACCGAGUCAAGGUGGAGGAAGGGCUGAGUCGGAAGCUCGUGAACACGGUGGCGUGCGAGGGCGUGAGACGGGUUGAGCGGUGCGAGGUGUUCGGGAAAUGGAGGCUUCGGAUGGGUAUGGCCGGGUUCGAGUUGACGCCACUGAGUCAGACGAUCGCAGAGUCGUUGCGGAGUCGACUCAGUAACGGAAACCGAGUUCACCCGGGAUUUACCGUCAAGGAAGAUAACGGAGGGGUGUGUUUUGGUUGGAUGGGUCGGACCCUUGCUGUCGCAUCUGCUUGGCGUUAACUUUACACACUACUUUUUUUCUAUUUUAAUCUUAAUAUUAUUAUUAUAAUCAUCAAAAUAUUAAUUUUGUGAUUUUUGUUAUUGUAAUUUCAGUCGCCAAGUAUUUUAAUUUUU